AUGUCCUUCAUCGUUCUGCAAAAAGUGACCUGCAUUUUGCAAAAUCUGACCGACUCCACGCAAAGCGCAAGUGGCGCCGUGGUCCCCGUUCAUCCCGAAGAACUCCUGCAUGUCGAGAAAUUGAAUUGUACCAACUCCGGUUGCCAACUGAUCAAGUGCGAAUUGCCGCGUCUGGACCGUCACUCAGAGGUCUCCAUCCACGUCCUGAGAGCCAUUCACAACGAGUUUUUCCGGAGGGCUAAGUUCAAGACGGUGACGGUGGUCAGCAGAUUCACGUUGGCCGCCCAAGAGGAGGACAGGCUCCUGUCGCUGCCGAAAGACGCCCAUCAAAGGGAGACACUGCUGGAGAUCAUCCAGUCGAAGGUGGUCCCUCUUUCCCUCUGGAUCCUCAUUGGAAGCAUCAUCGGGGGACUCCUGCUCUUGGCUCUGAUCAUCAUCUGUUUGUGGAAGCUUGGAUUUUUUGCACACAAGAAGCCUGGAGAAGAAGAGAAGGAGGAAGAAUAGGACGCAGACGUCACCAAGGACUUCUCAGUCGGCAGGGGGAAAAUUGGGUUUCUGUAGGAGGAAAUCCAGAUGCCAGUACCCUCCUUGGACUCUCUCCGAGACAUUUUUCCAGUCCUGAUAUCAUCUGUUUCGCUUUUGGAAAGCCAGGAGAAGUGGAACUACUAGGAUAUAGUUGGUCCUCUGGUUGGAACCACGACGACAUCCAUCCAAAUACGCCUUUGGGUGCUCCCAAGUUGAUUUGGGAACAUUUGACUUUGCCUACAUGGAUCAUGGGACUAAGAAACAGAGGACCAAAUUAACCAAGUGUUUGUCGCGGGGCAACUACCCAAAUAGAUGCCAUCUUUUGAAUCUCAUUCUCAGGCAAUAGACAAGAGGCACAGGAUGCCCAUCGAUCUUCCAGGGGAGGCUCUGAAGUAACAAAGGCAAUGACUGCCAUAAAUAUCCAAAAUUCAGUAGACGGGACUUACGUCUCCGUAAGUAGAUUUGCGUCUGCGGGAAACAGAACUGACGUUGUGGCAUGACUAUGGAGGUCCGGAGGGCCACAUUGCCAUGGCAUUGUGGCACAGAGGUCUGGGGGCACUAGGCUUCUCAAUAGAGGAAAGGGGGCAGUAGCCCCAAAAUAUUUGGGGACCACUGCCCUGGGAGAAGCGUCCCGAGAGUCAACCUGAAGGCGUAUAGCCACAAAAGGUUUUGUCCUCAUGUACCUUACUCAGUUUUUUAAUGCUGUCAACGCUGCAACCCGUGUGCCGGAAACCCAGAAAUGUCCAACACCGUAUACAUAUAUAUAAACAUUUCUGUAACCCAUCCGACCAAAAACUCUCUGGAGCGCUCAGCCUCUUAUUAAAUACUU